AUGUCCCUGCCAUCAGCCUGCGAGGUCCUCGUGGUCGGCGGCGGUAACGCAGGCUUCUCCGCUGCCAUUUCCGCUGCUCAAACGAACCCCACGGCCAAGGUUGUUGUAAUCGACAAAUGCCCUGCCACAUGGGCUGGAGGGAAUAGCUACUUCACCGCAGGGGCAUUUCGCACCGUACACAAUGGGCUGGACGACCUGCUCCCGCUAGUGAACAACACCCCAUCCGAGAAAGCCAGCCGCAUCGAUCUGCCAGUCUACUCAGAAGCCGACUUUACGCAUGAUCUCCAACGGAUGACGGGCGGCCGCACCGAUCCAGCGCUAUCCAAGAUCCUCGUCCAGGACUCGCGCGAGGCCAUUGGCUGGUUAGCCCAGAAUGGCGUUCGGUUCCAGCUUUCCUUCAAUCGCCAGGCCUAUGAAGUGGGUAACAGAAUCAAAUUCUGGGGUGGAAUGGCGCUUCAAACCGAAAAUGGAGGCAAGGGUUUAAUCGAAGAUCAUCUACGAGCUGCUCAGAAGCACGGUGUACAGGUCUUCUUUGACACCACCGCGACGAAGCUUGUGGCCGACCCUGCAACGGGCGCAAUUGCUGGCGUUGAAGUGGUCACGGUCGCCUCCAGUGGUGGCAUCACCCACCAUCAGCCGCGUCGAAAGAUGAUAGUUCACGCUCCGGCAGUAGUUCUGGCCGCGGGUGGCUUCGAGGCAAAUCCCCAGUUGCGAGCGCAGUAUCUCGGCCCGGGCUGGGAUGCUGCUCGAGUCCGUGGGACUCCCUAUAAUACCGGCGACCUGCUUCAAAUUGCACAGCGGGAUGUCUCUGCACGAACGGUUGGCAACUGGUCCGGAUGCCAUAGUGUCGCAUGGGAUGCAGAUGCACCAGCCCAUGCAGGCGAUCGCGGCAUUUCGAAUGAGUACACGAAGUCAGGAUACCCCCUAGGCAUCAUGGUCAAUCGAGACGGGGUACGCUUCGUAGAUGAGGGCUCGGAUAUGCGCAAUUACACCUACGCCAUGAUCGGACGCCGGAUUCUCCAGCAACCCGGACAAGUUGCGUUCCAGAUCUGGGACGCGCGCACGACCCCGUGGCUCCGCCGCGAGGAAUACCGGCCAGAGGUGACCCGCCAUCUCACUGGAAAUACUCUCGAGGAGCUCGCGGAUCGAUGCGUGGAAGCCGGCCUGGCUGAUAAGCAGAGGUUUCUCGCCACUCUGUCCGAAUACAAUAGUUCUGUGCCUGCCGAUGCGGCGGCUCAAGGUACGUGGAAUCCUGCGGCGAAGGAUGGUCUCGCCACAAAGGGCCUUCCAGUGCCCAAAUCAAACUGGGCCUUGCCCAUCGAUCGAGCUCCAUUCCUGGCAGUGCGAGUGACGGCGGGCAUUACCUUUACAUUUGGGGGUCUUGCUGUGAAUCCGGAGACAGCAGAGGUGAUUUCAGAGACCACUAGCGCCGAGAUUCCCGGUUUGUAUGCGGUGGGCGAGAUGCUUGGGGGCAUCUUCCACGACAACUAUCCUGGUGGCAGUGGAUUGACAUCGGGUGCUGUCUUUGGACGACGAGCUGGACGAGCCGCAGCCAAGAGAUCCGAUAGGAAGGACGAUGGUCCUGCAAAAGCAGCUAGACUUUGA